AUGAAAUGUAAUUAGGGAGAAAUCUAUGGGCGCUGUAUUAGGGAAUUGGCAGCAUUCCGACCCAGGUAUUGUGGUAUUGGCUGUUGAAGUGAGGCCCCACGUACUGUGUAUCGCUAUAUAUACCGAAGAUUCUCUCUCACAAUUUUUUAAUCAUUCAUCGCCCUCACCUUUCUUUUACUUAUUUCUGAAAAAUUCAGCCAUUUUCAGAAAAUCAAAAGAGCAGCAAAAGCAAAUCCAUUCGCAUUUUUCUCAUCAGGUGAACAUGGAAGGAGACAACACAGCGAGUACUGAAAUCCCAGUGAAGGAAGCUGUCGAGGGCACUGGAAUUGUUUCCGGUCCUAUUAAGGCCUCUAAUGGAGACCUGAGGGAAGUCGAAAAAGAAGGAAAGAAAGAAGCGGAAGAAACCAUCCUAGAUGGAGAGUUCAUUAAAGUAGAGAAGGAAGCACUAGAGCUGAAAGAUGGUUCUAAUUUGGCGAAUCCUGCAUCUGCGCGGGAUAAUGAAUCGAAUAUCGAAAGAUUUGCGAGUGGAUCUAGUAGAGAAUUACUUGAAGCCCAAGAAAAGUCGAAAGAACUCGAGCUUGAAUUGGAAAGAGUGAUUGGAGCAUUAAAGCAUUCUGAAUCAGAGAACAGCAGAUUGAAGGAUGAAGUUCUGCUAGCGAAGGAGAAGUUGGAUGAGGUGGGAAAAAAGUAUGAAGACAUUGGUCUUGAUCAUAAGAAAUUGCAAGAACAGAUCGUUGAAGCUGAGCAGGGAUAUAGUUUACAGCUAACCAGUUUGCAAGAGGCUUUGCAAGCUCGAGAGACAAAACAGAAGGAACUCACUGAAGUAAAGGAAGCAUAUGAUGGUCUCAACAUUGAGAUCGAAAACUCAAGAAAGAAGAUGCAAGAGUUGGAGCAGGAUCUGCAGAGUUCUGUUGAAGAGGCACGCAAGUUUGCAGAACUUCACAAACAAAGUGGCUCACAUGCCGAGUCUGAGACACAGAGAGCUUUGGAGUUUGAGAGAUUGCUUGAAACUUCAAAACUUAGUGCAAAAGAAUUGGAAGAUCAGAUGACCGCCCUGAGAGAAGAAGUCGAGAGCCUGUAUGAGAAGGUUGCCGAAAGCCAGAAGGUCGAAGCAGCAAUUCAAAGUACAACAGCUGAACUUUCUGCAGCAACGGAGGAGUUGGCACUUUCUAAAUCACUAGUGUUGGGCUUGGAGGAAAAACUUGGUUCAAAGAAAGCUCUUAUAAAUGAGCUGACUGAGGAGUUGGACCUGAAAAAGGCUUCAGAAUCCAAGUUGAAGGAAGACAUCUCAACCCUUGAGAAUAGUUUUACUGCAAAUAAAAAAGAUCUUCAAGCAAAGGUUUCUGAGCUUAAAGAUAUCAAGUUGAAACUGGAGGAGGAAGUCAAAUCAAGGGAACUGGUUGAAGCUACGCUGAAGGAACAGGACCUCAACAUUUCAACUGUACAAGAAGAAUUAAGCAAAGCGCUGAAAGAAAAAGAAGCUCUAGAAACAACCAUUGCAGAUCUUAACAGUAAUGAAGAACUGUUCAAGGAGUUGUGCAGCGAACUUGAAGAAAAACUGAAGCUUUCAAAUGAGAAUUUCAGUAAAACUGAUCUUUUGUCUCAGGCUCUGUCUAAUAAUGAGGAGCUUGAACAGAAAUUGAGAUCUCUUGAAGAGCUCCAUAGUGAAUCUGGAGCUGCUGCAGCAACUGCUACUCAAAAGAAUUUUGAGCUGGAGGAUAUACUUCGGGCUUCAAAUGAGGCAGCAGAAGAUGCAAAAUCGAAACUGAGGGAAGUUGAGGCACGUCUUAUAGCAACCGAGCAGAGGAAUGUGGAGCUUGAACAACAGCUAAACUUGGUAGAGCUCAAAGGCUUUGAAACUGAGCAAGAACUGAAGGAAUCUUCAGGGAAAAUAUCUGAACUUGAGACAAAGGUGGGAGAGGUUGAGGAAGAAAAGAAGAUGCUGAACAAUCAAAUGCAGGAAUGUCGGGAGAAGAUAAAUCAGCUAGAAUCAGCUCUAAACCAGUCGGCAGAGAAGAUUUCAGAGCUCGCAGAGGAGUUGAAGACUGCUUUAGAGAGAAGUACUCACCAUGAGGACAGAGCUAAUAUGAGUCAUCAGCGCAGCCUUGAGCUAGAGGAUCUGUGCCAGACCUCUCAUUCCAAAUUAGAGGGUGCCGAAAAGAGUGUCAAUGAGCUGGAGUUGUUACUUGAAGCAAAGAAGUACAAGAUCCAGGAACUUGAGGAACAGAUAAGCAAAUUAGAAAAGAGGUGUGGAGAUGCAGAAGGCGAGUCCACUAGAUACUCUGAUAAGGUAUCUGAACUUGCAUCUGAACUCGAGGCAUUCCAAGCUAGAACAUCGAGCCUUGAAAUUGAACUGCAGAUGGCCAAUGAAAAGGAAAAGGAAUUGACAGAGUGCUUAAAUUUGGCAACAGAUGAGAAGAAAAAGUUAGAAGAGACAUCGCAAAGCUCCAGUGAAAAGCUUGCAGAAGCAGAAAAUCUGGUGGAAAUCUUGCGGAGUGAUUUAAAUCUGACACAGCAGAAGUUGGAAAGCAUCGAGAAUGAUCACAAGGCUAUUGGUUUGAGAGAAAGUGAUGUCAUGGAAAAGCUCAAGUCUGCUGAAGAGAAACUAGAGCAACAAGUAAGAGUAUUAGAGCAAGCUAAGGCAAGAAACUCAGAGCUUGAGUCAUUACAUGAAUCUCUAACAAGGGAUUCAGAGCUUAAGCUCCAAGAAGUGAUGGAAAACUUCUCCAACAAGGAUUCAGAAGCAAAAUCUCUGUUUGAGAAACUUAAAUCGCUUGAAGAUCAGAUAAAGGUGUACGAAGAACAGGUUGCUCAAUCAGCUGGACAGUCCGCAUCUCUAAAAGAAGAAUUGGAUCAGAACUUAGUGAAACUGGCUUCGUUGGAAGGCACAAAUGAACAACUCAGAAAAGAUAUGUUGGAGGUAGAAAAAUCCCUUCAGUCUUCCUCAGAGAAUGAGCUUUUAGUCCAGACAAACAUUCAGCUCAAGAGCAGAGUUGAUGAGCUUCAAGAAUUGCUUAACUCAGCUGUGUCCGAGAAGGAAGUAACUUCUCAAGAGAUUUCUUCCCACAUGUCCACAAUUAAAGAAUUAUCAGAUCAGCAUACAAAGGCCUCAGAACUCCGAGCUGAAGCUGAAUCACGAAUUGUUGAAGCAGAGGCACAGUUACAUGAAGCUAUUGAAAAAUACUCAAUGAAAGAAUUGGAAGCCAAUGAUCUGAUUGAAAAGUUGAACAUGCUAGAAGGCCAAAUUAGAACAUAUGAAGAACAAGCUCAUGAGGCAUCCACAAUUGCUGUAUCUCGACAAGCUGAGGUGGAAGAGAGUCUUGUAAAAUUAAAGCAGCUGGAAAGCUUUGUUGAGGAACUGCAAACCAAGUCAGCUCACUUUGAAAAGGAGAGUGGAGGACUAGCUGAGGCAAAUUUGAAGCUUACUCAAGAACUUGCCAAAUAUGAGGCAAAGCUCGGUGAUUUGGAAGGCAAACUGGCAGCAGCCUUGAAAGAGAAGGAUGAAACAGCUGAAAAGCUUCAUGUUUCAAAGAAAGCUACAGAAGAUUUAACACAGAAGAUUACCUCUGAAGGGCAAAGUUUACAGUCUCAGAUUUCUUCACUAAUGGAGGAGAAUAACCUGCUCAAUGAAACACAUCAGAAUACAAAGAAGGAACUUCAAUCUGUAAUAUUACAGCUUGAAGAGCAAUUGAAAGAUCAGAAAGAAAAUGAAGAUACUCUAAACUCGGAGAUUGGAAAUCUCAAGGCUGAGAUUGCGAAGCAUUCCUUACUGCAAACUCAUGUCAAAGAACUCGAAGAACAGGUGGUGACCAUUGAAAAUCAAUUGAAAGAAGGGAUUGAAAGUGUUAAGACAGCUGCCUCUGUAAGAGAGGCUGAGUUAACUUCAAAAUUGGAGGAUCAAGCACAAAAAAUCAGUGAUAGAGAUGUUAUCAAUGAACAAGUGCUUCAACUUCAAAGAGAUUUACAAGUCGCUCAGACAACCAUUGCUCAACAGAAAGAAGUUGAUUCCCAGAAAGAGUUGGAACAGGAAGCGGCUUUAAAGCUUUCGAUUGAAGAGAUUGAAGCCAAAAAGAAAGAAGCAUUACUUCUGGAGAAGAAGGUCAAGGAGUUGGAAGAUAAAUUGCAAGUAGCUGAAGCUAAACUGAAGGAUGCAAGCAGUGCAGCCGAAUCAAAAGAUAGCUUAGAGACGAAAUCCCGAGACAUUGAUGGAUUAACAUUUUCAACACCAUCAAAACGUAAGGGUAAGAAAAAAUUGGAAGCGGUUUCUGCGCAAGCUGCCUCUUCUUCAACAACUACCCAUGCCGAGGCUUCUCCUUUGACAACCUUAAAGAUCGUUUUGGGAGUAGCCUUUGUGUCGGUGAUCGUCGGUGUUAUUCUGGGAAAGCAUUAUUAGUUAAAGGGUUUUUUGUGUUUCUUGAUUCUGGUGUUGCUCUUUUGUUGAUUUUCCCCUCUGCAUUUUCCUUUUAAUUAUGCAUAGUAGAAUUGAAAGCUUUAUAGCUCAGGUUUUGAGGUUGGUUGGGAAA